AUGUGCAAACACAUCCUCAAUGCUCAGGUAUCGAUCAGGUCGCCAUGUUGCAAAAAAUGGUUCGACUGCGUUGAGUGCCAUCAGGAGCAAGAGACGCAUCCGCUGUUACAGCGGUUCGAGAUGAUCUUCGCUUGCAAGAAGUGCAAGAAGUGCUUCCGCAAGGACGCCCAGGAGUUUGAGGAGGCCGACGAAUACUGCCCACACUGCGACAAUCAUUUUGUGCUCGAGGCUCUGACGCCCAAGCCAGCACUCAGGGUCGAGGGUGAGGAUGCACGGGUGGACAACAGGAUGUUGAAGGAUGAUCGGGUGAAGCAGCAAGAGCUGAAGACAAUAUUCGACCCUGAUGAAGAUGCGAACAGGCUGGGGUGA